AUGAACGCAUCAAACAUUGUGGAUUGCGAAAAUCGUGUUGUCUUGAACAUCGGAGGCAUACGACACGAAACGUACAAAGCGACAUUAAAGAAAAUUCCCGCAACUCGCUUGUCACGUCUCACGGAGCAACUGGCUAAUUAUGAUCCCGUUCUUAAUGAGUAUUUCUUUGACAGGCAUCCCGGAGUAUUUGCACAGGUGCUGAAUUAUUACAGAACCGGAAAGCUGCAUUAUCCAAUCGAUGUUUGCGGACCAUUAUUUGAAGAGGAACUUGAAUUUUGGGGACUCGAUUCGAAUCAAGUAGAGCCAUGUUGUUGGAUGACAUACACGCAGCAUCGUGACACUCAAGAGACUUUGGCAGUUUUGGAGCGCUUGGAUCUCGAUACGGAAAAACCGACAGACGAAGAAUUAGCGAGAAAAUUUGGUUUCGAAGAGGAUUAUAUGCGCGGAACGGUUUCAUGGUGGCAACAAAUAAAACCACAAAUAUGGUCACUGUUCGAUGAACCGUACAGCUCAAAUUCCGCCAAAAUCGUUGGAAUUGUUUCAGUAUUUUUUAUUGUAAUAUCAAUCAUAUCGUUUUGCCUGAAAACACAUCCAGAUAUGAGAGUGCCUAGUAUACGGAAUUAUACAGUGAAAACAGCAAAUGGUAGCGAAGCAUGGGCGUUGGAUAAGACACAAACGAAUCCCCAUAUCUUCUUUUUCUACAUCGAGUGUGUGUGCAAUGCGUGGUUUACGUUCGAAAUAUUGAUACGGUUGAUUUCGUCGCCCAACAAAUGUCAGUUCAUCUUGUCGAGCGUCAACAUAAUUGAUUUUAUCGCGACAAUGAGUUUCUUCGUCGAUCUCAUCUUACAAACGUUCGUUUCGCAUUUCGAAAAUGCCGAUAUUUUUGAGUUUUUCUCCAUAAUUCGUAUCAUGCGAUUGUUCAAAUUGACACGACAUUCGUCAGGACUGAAGAUUCUCAUUCAAACAUUUCGUGCUUCAGCCAAAGAACUCACACUUUUAGUAUUUUUCUUAGUUUUAGGCAUCGUUAUAUUCGCGAGUUUAGUUUAUUAUGCCGAACGUAUCCAAACGAAUCCCAAAAAUGACUUUAUCAGUAUCCCAUUGGGGCUUUGGUGGGCUCUUGUAACAAUGACAACUGUUGGAUAUGGAGAUAUGGCGCCCAAAACGUAUGUUGGAAUGUUCGUUGGAGCGUUGUGUGCAUUGGCGGGCGUAUUGACGAUCGCAUUACCCGUUCCCGUUAUCGUGAGUAACUUUGCAAUGUACUAUUCGCACACACAAGCGAGAGCAAAACUGCCAAAGAAACGAAGAAGAGUUUUGCCUGUCGAACAACCAAGACCUCAUCAUCCAGGUCAAUUUGGAGCAAGUAUUGUGGCUCUUUGCCCGAAGAAUGUUGGUCUCCAUUCAAAUCCAGCUUUCAUGUUGUGCAAACCAGAAUUUCAACCAAACAACGUUAGUUCCCUUACUCCAUUGGUUAUAACAACGAAGCCAGAAACAGCGCCUUUGACUGCUUCAACGACAUCCUCUGUCGUCAUCCAGCCAACAAAAGCAACAAUUUCAACACAACCGUCAUCAGCAACGACAACAAACUCGCCAUCUAAGUUGACCAAUACAAUCCAGAGCACAGACAAGGCUGCAAUCGUUGAAGCGAAAAAAGGUACUGAUGAGAAAUGCUUUCUGUAA